CUGCAUAAUUACUUACGUAUUUUCUCAUCCUAGUAGUACGUCGGAUAAGUUAUUUCGUGUUAUUCCUUGAAAUAGUUCUGUUUGGUUCUUGCAACGCAUUGUUAAUGUUUUCGCAUGUAAUUAUUUCAUUAAAUUUUCAAGCAAAUUUGUUUCGUUUUCAUACGUUCUAAUAAUCAGCAUUUUUACGUUUUUUCGUAACAAAGGCAGCUAAGAUGCCGGUAUUUCAUACAAAAACCAUAGAAAGUAUCCUCGAGCCUGUCGCACAGCAGGAUGAAACUAAAAGGAGACAGAUUUUCGAUAAAAGGAAUUCAUUAAUUAAUUUCAUCUUUAGAAAUAAUUCACUUGUCAUAAUAUAAAAUAGGUUGCAAUUUUUUUACAUAUAUUUUAUCUGAUCUAUUUGUAAAAUAUAUUUAUAUAAUUUAAGAUCUGUCAAACUAGAAUUAUUUGUUAAAAACAUAACAUUUAAUACAUGUUAUGAAAUUUAUAAUUUUAAUUUUAUGCCAUUAAUUAUUAUGAAUGAUGUUAUUAUCAUGGUAAACCUGCCAAGUGACUUGUCUUUCUUUAUAUAGAACUAUGACAUCAUUCUACAAAUAUAGGAUAGGGAUACUAAAUUCAUCUUUAGGUCUAAAAGGUUUCAAGACUUGUCAUCUUACAUGAAGAAGCUGAAGAUGGAAAUGCAAUACCUGAUUUGGGAAGGCCUGUGCAAGCAGUUAGUAUGGCAGUGGCAAAUCUUGUUAAGGUAGGAAAAGAAACAAUUAAUUCUUCUGAUGAUGCUUUACUUAAACAAGAUAUGCCUGCUGCUUUACAACGAGUUGAAGGAGCUUCACGUCUCUUGGAAGAGGCAUCAGCUAUGUUAAAACAAGACCCAUAUUCUGGACCAGCUAGGAAAAAGCUAAUAGAAGGUUCACGUGGGAUCCUUCAAGGAACUAGUUCCUUACUUCUGUGCUUUGAUGAAAGUGAAGUACGUAAAAUUAUUAGGGAAUGCAAAAGAGUACUAGAUUAUUUGGCAGUAACAGAAGUUAUUGAAACAAUGGAAGAUUUGGUUCAUUUUCUUAAAAAUUUAAGUCCUUGUCUCAGCAAAGUAUCGAAAGAAGUGAGUGCUCGUGAAAAAGAACUAACUCAUCAAGUACAUAGAGAAAUUCUGGUACGCUGCUUAGAGCAAGUAAAAACACUUGCACCAAUUCUCAUCUGCUCUAUGAAAAUAUUUAUUCACAUUAUUUCUCAAGGAAGUAAAGGAGCAGAAGAAGCAGCUGAAAAUCGUAACUAUUUAGCUGGCAGAAUGUCAGAUGAAUUAAAUGAAAUUAUUAGGGUAUUGCAACUUACUACAUAUGAUGAAGAAGAAUGGGAUGCUGACCAGUUAACAGUAUUAAAGAAAGCACAAAGUGCUAUAGAAUCUAGGAUAAGAGCUGCUUAUGAUUGGUUAGAUGAUGGACUUGCUUUGCGCGGUGGAGUAGGAGAAAAGAGUCUUCGUCAAAUAGUUGAACAAGCACAACGAUUGGCAGAAAGAUAUCUCCCGUCUUCACAGGCAGAACCAUUACAAAAAUUAACUUCACAAAUUGUUACUAUGACCAAUGCACUUUGUGAAUUAAGACAGAAUGAAAAAGGAACUACACCGCAAGCGGAAGCUUUAGCGCGUGGUAUAAAAGAAAAAACAAACGAACUUCGCAAUGCUAUUGCCUCUGCUAUAGAAGCUGCUGAUAAAUCUGGUACUACGCAAACUGCUCACACAGUUGCAGGUCGUCUAGAACAAGCGAAUAAAUGGCUUCUUAAUCCACAACAUGAUGAUAAAGGACUUGGUCAGAGAGCUAUAGCUUUAAUUAUACAUGAAGGAAAAAAGGUUGCCGAAGGUCUACCAGGAAUACAUAAAGCAGAAAUUCUACAACUUUGCGAUGAAGUUGACAAUCUCUCUCAUCAACUUGGAGAUUUAUGCGCUCAUGGUCAAGGAAACACACCUCGUGCCCAAGAAAUCGCUCGUCAAUUGUCGCAUAAGCUGUAUGAACUGAAAAAUAGAAUACAACAAGCCGUUGUGUCGAGAGUAGUCGAAGAUUUCAUCGAUAUAACGACGCCUUUAAAACAAUUCACGGACGCUGUAUUAGCUCCGGAAGGAACUUUAGGCCGCGAUCAAAAUUUCAAUGAUAAAACGCAUGCUCUUCAAACAUUUUCCAAUAGGGCAGCAAAAACAGCCAGAAUGGUGGCUGCUGGUGGUAGUGGAGGUAACAAAAAAUUAGCGGAAGCGUUAACUGCAAGUGCUUCGCAAGUUGAAUCUUUAACACCACAAUUAAUUAAUGCUGGACGAAUUCGAAUGACUUAUCCGGACAGCAAAGCUGCGGAUGAACAUUUUGAAAAUUUGCGACAGCAAUAUGCAGAAACAAUGCAGAGAGCACGUGCAUUAUGUGAUGAAGCAACUGAUAGUGGAGAUUUCAUUAGAACUUCUGAAGAACAAAUGCAAAAACAUUCGUUCCUAUGUGAGGAAGCUAUAGCAAAAAGUCAUCCACAAAAAAUGGUUGACAAUACAGCUGCCAUUGCUAGAUUGGCUAACAGAGUAAUACUUGUGGCAAAACAAGAAAGUGAUAAUAGCGAGGAUCCUGCGUUCAUUCAAAGAGUUAAUCAAGCUACAGAUAUUCUCCAAAAUAGUGUUGCUCCGAUGGUCCAAGAUGCAAAGUUAGUUGCGAUUAAUAUUAACGAUAGUAAUGCAAUUUCCCGUUGGAGAGAAAGUAACCGCGCACUUUUGUCUAAUGUUGGACAAGUCCGUAAAGCUAUCAUAAUUCAACCAGAUCUAAUACCUCCACCAGAGGUAUCGCAAUUACAUCUUAAUGAUGAAAAACAAUUGCCAAGCUGUCAAUAUAAUUACUUCAUAGACAAAGUUGGUGAACCUUUAAGAAAUCAACCAUCGCCAAGCAAUUUAUGUGUCGUCAGCUCCAAUUUAAACACAAAUAAACCUCAACAUCGCUCUAUCAGCCCAUUACCAAAGUGGGCACGUGAAGGAGAUAACCCUGAUCUCCUAUAUCAAGAACUGGCUUCUGACAACGAGUUAGAAAAAUCAGUUCACGAUGGAGGCUACUACUAUGAUUAUGGUAAUAAUGAAGAAGUCGUCCCACCGCGUCCACCUCUGCCUGGUGGAGAUAUUCCGCCUCCACGACCUCCACCACCAGAAACGGAUGACGAGGAUGAAAUGUUUAUGCACGCACCACAGCCUAAUCAGCCUAUAAUGAUGGCUGCUCAUGGCUUGCAUCAAGAAGUACGACAAUGGUCAAGCAAAGACAAUGAAAUUAUUGCUGCUGCAAAGAAGAUGGCUAUUUUAAUGGGUCGAUUAUCAGGUUUAGUUAGAGGAGAAGGUGGUAAUAAACGGGAUCUGAUCGCAUGUGCUAAGGCCAUUGCAGAAGCUUCUCAGGAAGUAACUCGUUUAGCUAAGGAAUUAGCUAGAGAAUGUACCGACAAACGUAUUCGUACUAAUCUUCUUCAAGUUUGUGAACGAAUACCUACUAUAGGUACACAAUUAAAAAUAUUGUCUACAGUGAAAGCUACAAUGCUAGGUGCACAAGAGACGCUCCCCACCUGGGAAGAGUUGAUGCUUUAUGGUACAGAAGAAGAUCAGGAAGCAACAGACAUGUUAGUUGGAAAUGCUCAAAAUCUUAUGCAAAGCGUAAAAGAAACUGUACGUGCUGCAGAAUGUGCCAGUAUAAAGAUACGUACUGCAUCUGGUAUGAAAUUACGCUGGGUGCGACGACAGCCUUGGUAUCAGUACUAAGAAAAAAGAAUUGCUA